CGGGCUGAGGCUUCCCCGGGAUUUUCCUCGUUCUGUUUUUUUUUUUUUUUUUCCUUUAUUUCUCGCUUUCUCCCCUGUCGCCGCCCGGGACGGUCCCGCUCCGCCGUGCUCUUCGGCAAAGUUAUGCAACGCUGGGUCACGGCGCUGCCGCCCGACCUGCGUCCGGCCCCGGCCUGCCGGGGGCUGCCCGUCACCCCCUCUCCGCGGGCCGGGUUCCCCGCGAUGCCGCCGCGGGGGGGGUCCCGGCCUCGGCAGAAGGGGCCGCCCCCGGGGCUCGGCGGGGCCGCCCGGGGUCUCUCCGCCCCUUCCUCCCGUCCGCGUUUAUCUGCUGCUUUUUGCCACCGAGGCCGGCCGCUGCUUCACGAACCGGCGGCUGCCGGGUCCCGUGUGUCACUCCCCGGUUCUGCCGGAAGCCCCCCCAGCCCCGGGACGGGCCCCGCCGCUGUCCCGUCCCGGGCUGUCGGCGCCGGCCGCCCGCUCGGGCGCUCCGGCCUCGCCUCUGCACGGGGAAGAAAUACGCCUUUUUGUUUCCCGGUCCUCGUUGUUGUUUUAUUUAUUUUUUCUUUUUUUUUUUCUUUUUUUUUUUUCCUUCCUUUUGCCUGCGAUCACUCGAGGACGUCGCGGCGGUGACGGCGGGACGGAUCGAAAAAAACUCCUUUUAUGCUGAUUUUGUGCUCCAUUUUUUAAUCGUUGUUGGUUUUUAAAUUUUUUUUGCCUCUUGUUUGGGUUUUUUUCGGGGGUUGUUUCUGUUGGGGCUUAUUUUUCCCCUUCUUUUCCCACUUCCCCACCCCACACAUUUGAUUUUUUUAUUAUUAUUAUUUUAUUUUUUAAAUUUUUCUGCGGGACUUUGGAGGAAACGUGCCCGGCUUUUAGCAUGAUGUCUUACCUUAAACAGCCUCCUUACGGCAUGAACGGGCUGGGGCUGACGGGCCCCGCCAUGGACCUGCUGCAUCCCUCCGUGGGGUACCCGGCCACCCCACGGAAGCAGCGGCGGGAGCGGACCACCUUCACCCGCUCACAGCUGGACGUGCUGGAGGCGCUUUUUGCUAAGACCCGCUACCCCGACAUCUUCAUGCGGGAGGAGGUCGCCCUGAAGAUCAACCUACCCGAGUCCCGAGUCCAGGUCUGGUUCAAGAACCGCCGUGCCAAAUGCCGGCAGCAGCAGCAGAGUGGCGGCGGGGCCAAAAGCCGUCCGGCCAAGAAGAAAUCCUCACCAGCUCGUGAGAGCUCGGGUUCGGAGAGCAGCGGGCAGUUCACACCACCAGCAGCGGCCUCCAGCUCAGCCUCUUCUUCCUCCUCCAGCUCUGCCUCAUCAGCCCCGGCAGGUGCUCCGGCAUCUCUCAGCACCCCAGCAUCGUCCAUCUGGAGCCCGGCUUCCAUCUCUCCCGGCGCUGCGCCGGCAGGGGUGACAGUGCCUGAGCCUCUGCCGCCAGCUGCUGCGUCCUGCAUGCAACGGGCUGGCCCCGCCGCCGCGGCCACCUCUGCCAGCUACCCUGUCUCUUAUGGUCAAGGCGGGGGGUACGGGCAGGGUUACCCCACACCGCCCUCCUCAUCCUAUUUCGGGGGUGUGGAUUGCAGCUCCUACCUGGCACCCAUGCAUUCCCACCACCAUCCCCACCAGCUCAGCCCCAUGGGGCCCUCCUCGGUGCCCGGCCACCACCACCACCACCCGCUGAGCCAGAGCUCAGGCCACCACCACCAUCAUCACCAUCACCACCAUCAUCAGGGUUACGGCGGCACCGGGCUGCCCUUCAACUCCUCCGACUGCCUGGAUUACAAGGAGCCUGCCGCCGCUGCCUCCUGGAAACUCAACUUCAACUCCCCUGACUGCCUUGACUACAAGGACCAGGCAUCCUGGCGCUUCCAGGUCUUGUGAGGGGCUGACCGCUGUCCCCCCACACCACCACGGACCCCCAUCUUGGGGUUUUCCCACUGCCUCUCAGGCAGGACUCUGGCUCUGGCUCUUCCUCCUCUUCCCCACACUUCGUUAGCAGUGGUGAUGCCCCUGACGGGGGUCUUGCCACCCCCAUCCCUAUUGACUGAUAUUUAUUUGCUUCCUGUUCCCCUUCAGUGGGUUCAUUAUAAUUAUUAUUUUUUUAAAUGCAACAGAAGAGGAGUUAAAAAAAAAAAGCCUAGCGUCUCCCCUGCUGCCCCCCAGGCAGAGGCGCAGGCUGGCUCCUGCCCUGCCGGUGCCCCCCAACUUCUGUGGGGACCCUCGCCCCCUCUGAAUGUGGGACCCCCCCCAGCUCGCCAGUCCUGUACAGCCUCUUGCUGCUGGGAGCGGCAGGAACGAUGUAAAUACUUGGUCCGUUCCAGUGACCAUGAUUAUUUUUAGUUGAUGCUGUUGGGUGGCAUUUAUCUAGAGUCUAACAAGGAACAGAACUUUAAAAAAAAAAAUCUUUUUUAAAUUUUGAUUUUCUUCACUAAAAAGGAAUCGUCCUGUUUUGCGUCCUCCAUCCUCGAGGACUCUGUGCAAGCUCAGCCGUGCUAUCCCAGGGCUGGGGCAGUGGGAGAAGGGGCAGCAGUCCAGGGCAGGGCGGGGAAGGGCUGCCCGGCUCAUCCCCAACCUGCAGACCAAAACUGCCAAAACUUUUGGAAAACAAAAACAAGAAAACCUUUAAAAAUAAUAAAAAGGAAAGAAAGAAAAAGUUUUGGUUUACUUUUUUUUUGGGGGGGAGGGAUGCAGGGGAAAGCAGCUCUGCUUUGUGGUCGGGGGGACAUGACUUUCUGGGGGUAUUUUUUGGUUUGGUUAUUUUUGGUUUUUUAGCCCCUUCUGUUGGUUGGUGAGUUUGCGGGUCUGGGCUGCAGCCCUGCCGCCCAGUAGCCUUGCCUGCACCAGGCUUGUGCUUUUUCAGCCGCUUCGCCCUGUAGGGGGAGAGGGGCUGUGUCUGUGAUUUUUGAUGCCGUAACCUCACACUUGCCCCUUCCACUGUAAGGCAAACUGCCCCUCUUGCCCCAACCCCAAUAAAAUCCAAACUAAUCAA